UGGCCGCGCUGUCAUGCGGCGGGGUGUCCACGGCUGCCUACAGAUCCUUGUGCAGUGGCGAGUGGCGCUCUGGUCUCACAGCUUUGCCAGGACUUGUGGUGGCUGUAGGGAGGCGAUGGCUGAGACACUGUCUACCCAGGCCGAGGCAGCGCGCGGUUUGAAGGUUCAACAAAAUGGAGACUCUGGUAGCGACGGGAGCGGAGAGCUGCUCCAGGAGGUCCUGGGGCCCGCGGAGGCGGGGGAGCAGGUCCCGGGGAGCGGGGAACGGGCCCAGGGAGGCGAAGCGCAGGUCUCGGGGAACGGGGAGCAGGCUCCGGCUCCAGUCGCCGACUCAGGCAAGAGAAAGAAGCGGCGAGGCGCCACCGGGGAACGGGUCGUGCCGCCCCCGAAGAAACGGCGGACCGGGGUCAGCUUCGGCGACGAGCACUUUGCAGAGACCACCUACUACUUCGAGGGCGGCCUGCGCAAGGUGCGGCCCUAUUACUUCGACUUCCAGACCUACUGUAAAGGUCGCUGGGUGGGCCGCAGCUUGUUGCACGUCUUCAGCACCGAGUUCCGAUCCCAGCCACUGGAGUACUACGAGGCUGCAAUCCGGGCGGGACGCCUGCAUCUCAACGAGGAACCUGUUCAGGACCUCAGCAUCGUGCUCAAGGACAAUGACUUCUUGCGGAACACAGUGCAUAGACAUGAGCCACCAGUCACAGCAGAGCCCAUCCGCCUGCUAGCUGAGAAUGAAGAUGUGGUCGUUAUAGACAAGCCGUCCUCCAUUCCUGUCCACCCCUGUGGCCGUUUCCGACACAACACAGUCAUCUUCAUCCUAGGCAAGGAGCAUCACCUGAAGGAGCUCCACCCACUUCACCGGCUUGACCGCCUCACCUCCGGAGUCCUCAUGUUUGCCAAGACAGCCACCUUCUCCGAGAAGAUCCAUGAGCAAGUUCGGGAGCGGCAGUUGGAGAAGGAGUAUGUAUGCCGGGUUGAAGGGGAGUUCCCUGACAAGGAGGUAAUUUGCAAGGAACCCAUCUUAGUGGUGUCUUACAAGGUAGGAGUGUGCCGGGUGGAUCCCCAGGGCAAGCCCUGUGAGACUGUGUUCCAGAGGCUGAGCUACAAUGGCCACUCCAGUGUGGUACGGUGCCGACCGCUUACAGGCCGUACUCAUCAGAUCCGAGUCCACCUCCAGUUUCUGGGCCACCCCAUUCUCAAUGACCCCAUCUACAAUUCGCCUGCCUGGGGUCCUUCUCGAGGCCAGGGCGGCCACAUUCCAAAGACGGAUGAGGAACUUCUCCGGGACCUGGUUGCAGAGCAUCAGGCCAAAGAAAGCCUGAAUAUGCUAGAUAUCUGUGAGGGUGACCUGGUCCCAGGACUCAUGGACUCUGCAACCCCCUCUUCAGAGCUGGCCAAGAACAGCCUGCAGGAGUUGACCAGAGUAGCCCAGAAGACAGAUGGAAUAGCUGAGGCAGCCUCUCAGGGUCUGGACACACCAGAGAAGGCUAACGCAGCAAAAGCAGAUGUUAUGAAUCAAGAGACAGACCCACUCUGUGCAGAGUGCCGGCUGUUGCGACAGGAUCCCUUGCCCCAGGAUCUUGUGAUGUUCCUGCAUGCCCUCCGCUAUAAAGGGCCAGACUUUGAAUAUGUCUCACCCAUGCCAGCCUGGGCACAAGAUGACUGGCAGGAAGACUGACGGAUGUGGCCAAUGGAAGAAUGACUUCUUGGGUUGGAACAAGGAUGGGCCUUGGGGCAGGGACUGAUCCCAUUGGUUAGUACUCAGGGUUUGGGGAAGAGUGAGGGUUCACUGUAAAGGAACCUGCUUGUACUUGCUACCUCCUUCCUUCCAGCUCAUCUGGAGACU